AUGAUUAAUCUGGACAAGUCAAUGCUUUCAGUUAGCCGAAAUGUGCCUCAGAACCGUCUUUAUGAGCUUAAACAGCUGUUGGGAGUAAAGGCAGUGGAAAGUUUUGACAGAUACUUGGGAUUACCAACUAUUUUUGGUGCUCUUGAUGGUACAUAUUCUUCUAAGUUGGGUUACUCUUUUAUUAGAAACCAUGAGGCGCAGACGACCACGUCGGCUUCCAUUGCGACGUCUCCCUUGCCUGCAAAGCUUUGGCAAAUUUUUUGGAAGACACCAGCCCUUCCGAGGUGCAAAGAUCUUGCUUGGCGUAUUUGUUGUUCACUCCUUCCGGUCCGUGAUUCUCUAUGGCGGAAAGGUGUGAACAUUGAUCCAUCUUGCCCUCUAUGUGGCCAUGAGUCGGAAACUGUAAGCCAUCUUUGGUUGCACUGUCCAGUUUCUAAAUGUUUUUGGUUUGCUCACCCGCUUGCUUUGCGUUUGGAUAAUUUUUCCACUGUUACAGAUUUUCUAUUGCAGUUCUUGGAGGAUGCUGAUAGUGAUGCUGUGGCGAGCUGGCAAACGGCAUCUUAUGCGUUAUGGGAGGCUCGUAACAAGCUUGUCUUCCAGGAGGUUCCCUUCCGGUGUGAGGCUGCAAUCCAGAGGGCAGCUUCGAUGUCGCAGGUGGAUGCUUCGAUUGAGGUUCGUGAUCCUCAUGGUCCGGUGCGUGACGCGAUUUGGAGGAGACCACCGCGUGGAUUCUUCAAGGUUAAUUUUGAUGGAUCUUGUAAAGCAGAUGAGGUUUCUGGCAUGGGGAUGGUUGCCAGGAAUCAUGACGGGUUGGUACUUGCUGCUGCAGCGGAGGUUGUGGAGCGGCCCUCUACAGUGGUGGAGGCUGAGGCCCUAGCUUUCCGGUGGGCGAUUGGAUUGGCUAUUAACCUUGGUUUCAGACGGGUUUGCUUUGAGACAGAUUGUCUCACUCUCUUUCAGAUGUGGAAGAAGCCUCCGGACGGGAGGAACUAUUUAGCUACUAUUUUUAGUGAUUGCUUUCAGUUGUGUCGUUCUUUAGAUUUGGUGUCUGUUGUUUUUGUUCGCCGUUCAGGCAAUGUUGUCGCAGACUUUUUGGCCAGGAAUGCCGCCUCAUACGCCGGUUUGGUGUGGAUUGAGGAGGUACCACCUGAAGUCGAUGUUUUUGUAACCGCAGACCUUUUGGCUUCUAUGCCCCCUAUUUAA